AUGAAACAGUUGUUAGUAUUAACAUUAGAUUAUCAUUCGAUUGUAUUUUAUGAAUUCACUGAAGCCACUAAUAAUAAUAAUAAUAAUAAUAAUAAUAAUAAUAAUAAUAAUAAUAAUAAUAAUAAUAAUAAUAAUAAUAAUAAUAAUAAUAAUAAUAAUAAUAAUAAUAAUAAUAAUAAUAAUAAUAAUAAUAAUAAUAAUAAUAAUAAUAAUAAUAAUAAUAAUAAUAAUAAUAAUAAUAAUAAUAAAGUAGAUAUUGGUCUAGAGACUUGA